AUGAGACCCCCUAACAUCAGACCCCCUAACGUCAGACCCCCCUACCCCGAGCCCGUCAGGAUCCAGAUCCAGGUUCCUUCCAAACAGGAAGUGAAGUCUGGGCCCGCCCCCCAGCAAGGGAUUGUAGCUGUUAAUCAUCCGCAUGUGAAGCUGUCGGCCAAUGGCAGCGCUCAGAUCCUCCACCUCCAGCCUGUGAUUGGCCAGCAGGGUCAGCAGUUCUUCCUGCAGCAGGGUGACGCCCCCAUCCAGCUGCUGCUCCACAGCCCCGCCCCCGUCCCAGGAUCUCUGCUCCCAUUGGUCCACAAGCUCACAGGCCAGACCUCCUCCUCCAGUCAGAAGCCCCCUGUCAGAGUCCCGCCCCCUGCUGUCAUCAGGACCGAAGCUAAGACUGCUAGCAUCCCGCUAAUCAAAACAAGUAAGAGUCCCAGUGCACCAGUACAGGGUCCCGUUAAACUGGUACAGGGUCCCGUUAAACCGGUACAGGGUCCCGUUAAACCAGUACAGGGUCCCGUUAAACCGGUACAGGGUCCCGUUAAGCCGGUACAGAGCCCCCGCGCCCCUGUGAGGGACAAAGACCAGAAGAAGAGGAAGAGAGAGAGCAAGGCAGCGAAGGUGCAGACUCGGUCCGGGCGAGUUUCCCGACCCCCUAAGUAUAAAGCUAAAGACUACAAGUUCAUAAAGACGGAGGACCUGGCCGACAGCCACCAGUCCGACUCGGACGAUUACUCCGACCUGAGCGAGGAGGAGGAGGAGGAGGAGGAGGGAGGUCCAGGCCUCGCCCCCCCCCUCACCUGCAGCCACAAGUCCCGCCCCCACAGCUGCCAGACCUGCGAUAAAGCCUACAUCGGGGCGGGAGGCCUGAACCGUCACUACAGACUGAACCCAACACAUGGAGAGCCUGAUCCGCCCGGAGACACGCCACGCCCCCUUAGUGAAGACAGCCAAUCAGAGGAGACCACGGCAGGACGAGGAGAGGAGGAAGAGGAGGAGAAGGAGGAGGAGAAACCUGUUGCCAUGACAACAAGCAGAAUGGAGGGGGGUCCAGCUGCAGGACUCAGGGGCCUGCCCCCCCGCCGGGGCCCAGGACGCCCCCGAGGGAGGGGCCGAGGGAGGGGGCGGGGCCGAGUGCUGGGACCGCCUCCAAAGGUGAGUCACACCAGCAGUAACAGGAAGGUUGUGGGUUCCAUCCCAGCAGCAGACACUCCUCUAGCAAAACACUGAAAACUGUGUGUGACUGCGUGUGACUGUGUGACUGUGUGACUGUAUGUGUGGCUGUGUGUGACUGUGUAUGACUGUG